CAAAGCUACUUUCAGCAUCUGUGCAAAUAACUUGCUAAAAUCUUUGCCAGUAUCAUUUAAUCACGUGAAGAAAGUGUUGACAACGAUAUAAAAUAACAAAGUGUAGGCUAACCACACUAAAAAGCUAAUGUCAAGAAGUUCCCACGUGCUACAUCAGAUGGCAGCACCUUUUCGGAGUAUUGAUUUUCUCCCCAACACUUGCUUGUUGAAAAAUCAAUAACACAUUCUGAUUGUGCUGGAAAACCCAUUAGCGUGACAUUGUCCUUCGAGGUGCUUUCUUGUGAUCAAAAUAACAAUUAGUAAAAUUGUGAUUACCUGUCGUACAAAAUAUACUAAAGCUCAAAGGAAUACGGGAAUUUUCGUUAAGCCCUGAGUAACGAUGUAUAAACAAGAGUGAACAAAAUUCACGAUAUCGUGUGUGGUAUUUCGCUUCAUAGUUAUUUUGCUGCUUUAUUAUGCGUUCUCUAACUGCGGUCCGCGGGGUGGAACCCUUGCCUGAGUUGGGCUUAACGUCUGGGGCCCAAGGGGAAGAGAACCCCGAUGCGGACAUGGCCGGGGCGCAAGACACUAUUUACUUGUGCAACUUCCGCGUGUCAGUUGACGGAGAGUGGCUCUGUUUGAAGGAACUGCACGAUAUGGAGAUGCAGAACUCCUACACCGCCCAGUCGGAUAACGGUGCAAUUACAUCUCCAGAUGAUCCUAUGCAUUCUUUAAUGGCUCGAGACCCAGUAGUGAUAGAGCGCAGCAAUCUCGUGAAUAUCUCGAAGCUGAUUGUGAAGGAGCUAAUUGAGCAAUCGCUCCGAUAUGGCCGGAUGCUCGACAGUGAUCAUCUGCCGUUGCAUCACUUCUUCAUUGUUCUCGAGCACGUCAUGCGUCAUGGACUCAAACCUAAAAAGGGUUUACUUGGUCCGAAGAAGGAACUAUGGGAUAUUCUUCAAAUGGUUGAAAAAUAUUCACCGGAAGCAGCCGACAUUACAGCUAGCAUCAGGGACUUGCCCACUGUCAAGACCGCCAUGGGUCGCGCUAGAGCCUGGCUACGUCUAGCGCUGAUGCAGAAGCGCCUGGCGGAUUACCUCAGAAUCUUAUUGGAGCAUCGCGAGGAAACGCUCGAGGAAUAUUUUGAACCGCACGCAUUGAUGCUAAAUGAGGAAGCUGUGAUCAUAACGGGAUUACUUGUUGGCCUCAAUGUUGUUGAUUGCAAUUUAUGUGUGAAGGAAGAAGAUUUAGACAGUCAGCAAGGCGUGAUAGAUUUCUCCCUGUACCUCCGUGGCAGCAAUUCCUCCAACGAUCUGACUGGCAAUGGGAACAAUGGCAACAACGAACCGAAGCAGCGCCACAUCAACACAAUGCUGGACCAAAAGAAUUACAUUGAAGAGCUCAACAGACAUCUCAACGCCACAGUGACAAAUCUUCAGUCCAAAGUCGAGGGUCUGACCACAACGAAUGCUUUAAUGAAGGAAGACUUGGCGAUCGCCAAGAACACCAUGAUUCAGUUGGUAGAGGAAAACAAUCAGCUAAAAUAUGCUUUAGGUCAGGACAUAACCAAAGAUAGCAGGAUGAAAGUGAUGGAAAUGCAAGCCGAAGAGGAGGAGAAAAGAAGCGUGAAAAGUAAUACCUCUGAUAAAUAUAAGCAUGAGAAGGAGUCUGAACUGGGUAAGACUUUGGAUGAAGAGAGGAAGAAAAAUUUGGAGUUGCAGAAAGAGUUGGAUUUACAGAUAUCGUUGAAAGCUGAAAUGGAGGUCGCUAUGAAACUCCUAGAGAAAGAUAUUCACGAUAAGCAGGACACAAUAAUUUCUCUAAGGCGGCAACUUGACGAUAUCAAACUGAUAAACCUGGAAAUGUACAAAAAGUUACAGGAAUGUGAAAGUUCCUUGAAACAUAAAACAGACCUAAUAGCCAAAUUGGAAGCAAAGACUGAGUCAAUGGGCAGCACGAUACAUCAGCUUGAUGAAAAGUUACAGGAAGAUAAAAACGCUCGGAAAAACCUAGAAGAGAAUUCAAGGUCCUUGGGGCAAAAGGCCGCGGCCGCUGAGACCAGGGCAGUCGCUGCAGAAGGAGACCUGCGGAUAGAACGUGAAUGGCGGAUAUCUUUACAGGAGUCAAUGAUGCGGGAUCGUGAUAAAAUAUCAAUACUCACACAAGAGGUGGAAUCUCUUAAAUCUAUAGGACAGAAAUAUAUAGCACUUCAAGAGGAACAGCAUCACCUCAAGGUGCAGUACACUGAAGCUCAGAAAACUCUAGAAGAAGUUGGAGCCACCUUGUCUGAAAACAAAUUGCAACUAGCUGAAUUGUUAGAAAAAGAGGCAAAAUCUACCGAAGAAACACCCAACUGGACGAGUGACAAGGACGCAGUAGCUUGCGCCGCAUGUGCUAAGGAAUUUACCAUUGCAAGGAGAAAGCAUCACUGCAGAAGAUGUGGCCACAUAUUCUGCGGCGCGUGUAGUGAAAAAACAGUUGCUCUGGUCGGCAACACGAAACCUGUCCGUGUUUGCGACGCAUGUUUCGCAGAAGUCAGACUAACGUAGUAAGUACUACUUGUAAUCAAGACUGAAGAGAUUUGACUUUUUGUUAUGAACAAAAUUAAAUCAAUUUUAUAAUGGUUUUUUUUAAUCUACAUACAAUAUUAUGUUGCAGUAUGCAAAAUAAAACAUCGUGAAUAGUUUUUAUUUCGAUAAAUAAUUAUGUAAGUGCCUAUUUCCUUUUUAUUAAAAGUGUUCAAACCCAAUUUUAACUAUAUAUAUUAUUAUGUAUUCUGUCUUUUGUAUAAAUAAUAUCUUACUUCAAAAUAAUAAUUUAUUUUAUUUCCAUGAAGUCCAUGUUAUAAUAGACUAUUAAAUAAAUAACGAGUGCUAUUACAUAUACGUAUUUUACAAACAAUAUUAAUUUAUUAUUCAUGCAUUUUUAUUUAUUUUACGUAAAUGAAAUGAAAUUAAUGCCUAUUUCUACGCUCUUAAUCAAAUAAUUUUAUUAUGCACCAGAAAAAGGUGUUGAACUUAACCGUAACUAAUUUAUUUACGUUUUAUGAUAAUGAGCUAUGUCGCGUAUCUACUUAUUAAUGAAAAAUACAUAAGUUUGAUAUGUUCUCAAGUUUAUUUUUGUAACUGUUUAUAUGUUCAGCUUCGGACAAUUGGUUAAGCGCCAUGUAUCUAUAAAUUAAUUUUAUUAUAUGUUAAAACAUGACGUUUACGGUGCUUCAAACAAAUGAAUUUCAUUAAAAUAUUGUAAAUAAUUAAUUUUGUUUUGUAUAGCAAUGACUUUUAUUUAAGACAUUAUACAAUUAUUUGAAUUAA